AUGGGGAUCUCUGAAGCUCUCAGAAACAUUGCUAUCGGGCUCUACGCUGUUGAUGGUAGGCCUUACAUUCAGGUCGAUGUUAAUGAUGGUGCGUGGCUUGGCCGGGUUUUGAACUCCGCCUUCGGCAGUGCCGAGGGUCAGGUCGUGGACCCCGCCUUCAGCAGUGCCGAGGGCCGGGUUGCGGACCCCGCCUUCAGCAGUGCCGAGGGCCGGGUUGCGGACCCCGCCUUCAGCAGUGCCGAGGGCCGGGUUGCGGACCCCGCCUUCAGCAGUGCCGAGGGCCGGGUUGCGGCCCCCGCCUUCAGCAGUGCCGAGGGCCGGGUUGCGGACCCCGCCUUCAGCAGUGCCGAGGGCCGGGUUGCGGACCCCGCCUUCAGCAGUGCCGAGGGCCGGGUUGCGAACUCCGCCUUCAGCAGUGCCGAGGGCCGGGUUGCGGACCCCGCCUUCAGCAGUGCCGAGGGCCGGGUUGCGGCCCCCGCCUUCAGCAAUGCCGAGGGCCGGGUUGCGGACCCCGCCUUCAGCAGUGCCGAGGCCGGCAGUGCCGAGGGCCGGGUUGCGGACCCCGCCUUCAGCAGUGUCGAGGGCCGGGUUGCGGACCCCGCCUUCAGCAAUGCCGAGGGCCGGGUUGCGGACCCCGCCUUCAGCAGUGCCGAGGCCGGGUUGCGGACCCCGCCUUCAGCAGCGUCGAGGGCCGGGUUGCGGACCCCGCCUUCAGCAGCGUCGAGGCCGGGUUGCGGACCCCGCCUUCAGCAGCGUCGAGGCCGGGUUGCGGACCCCGCCUUCAGCAGUGCCGAGGGCCGGGUUGCGGACCCCGCCUUCAGCAGUGCCGAGGGCCGGGUUGCGGACCCCGCCUUCAGCAGUGUCGAGGGCCGGGUUGCGGACCCCGCCUUCAGCAGUGCCGAGGGCCGGGUCGUGGACCCCGCCUUCAGCAGUGCCGAGGGCCGGGUCGCGGACCCCGCCUUCAGCAGUGCCGAGGGCCGGGUCGUGGACCCCGCCUUCAGCAGUGUCGAGGGCCGGGUUGCGGACCCCGCCUUCAGCAGUGCCGAGGGCCGGGUCGUGGACCCCGCCUUCAGCAGUGCCGAGGGCCGGGUUGCGGACCCCGCCUUCAGCAGUGCCGAGGGCCGGGUCGUGGACCCCGCCUUCAGCAGUGCCGAGGGCCGGGUUGCGGACCCCGCCUUCAGCAGUGCCGAGGGCCGGGUCGUGGACCCCGCCUUCAGCAGUGCCGAGGGCCGGGUCGCGGACCCCGCCUUCAGCAGUGCCGAGGGCCGGGUCGUGGACCCCGCCUUCAGCAGUGUCGAGGGCCGGGUUGCGGACCCCGCCUUCAGCAGUGCCGAGGGCCGGGUCGUGGACCCCGCCUUCAGCAGUGCCGAGGGCCGGGUUGCGGACCCCGCCUUCAGCAGUGUCGAGGCCGGGUUGCGGACCCCGCCUUCAGCAGCGUCGAGGCCGGGUUGCGGACCCCGCCUUCAGCAGUGCCGAGGGCCGGGCGGGGUCCGCAACCCGGCCCUCGACACUGCUGAAGGCGGGGUCCGCAACCCGGCCCUCGGCACUGCUGAAGGCGGAGUUCGCAACCCGGCCCUCGGCACUGCUGAAGGCGGGGUCCGCAACCCGGCCCUCGGCACUGCUGAAGGCGGGGUCCGCAACCCGGCCCUCGGCACUGCUGAAGGCGGGGGCCGCAACCCGGCCCUCGGCACUGCUGAAGGCGGGGUCCGCAACCCGGCCCUCGGCACUGCUGAAGGCGGGGUCCGCAACCCGGCCCUCGGCACUGCUGAAGGCGGGGUCCGCAACCCGGCCCUCGGCACUGCUGAAGGCGGGGUCCACGACCUGACCCUCGGCACUGCCGAAGGCGGAGUUCAAAACCCGGCCAAGCCACGCACCUGCGACUCGUCAUCCGACAGACAGCUAGAGCUAGAGCACGGCUGUGUCGUCGCGAGGGUAAACUUUAUAAACGAGGGCCGGGUUGCGGACCCCGCCUUCAGCAGUGCCGAGGGCCGGGUUGUUAACUCCGCCUUCAGCAGUGCCGAGGGCCGGGUUGCGGACCCCGCCUUCAGCAGUGCCGAGGGCCGGGUUGCGGACCCCGCCUUCAGCAGUGCCGAGGGCCGGGUUGCGGACCCCGCCUUCAGCAGUGCCGAGGGCCGGGUUGCGGACCCCGCCUUCAGCAGUGCCGAGGGCCGGGUUGCGGACCCCGCCUUCAGCAGUGCCGAGGGCCGGGUUGCGGACCCCGCCUUCAGCAGUGCCGAGGGCCGGGUUGUUAACUCCGCCUUCAGCAGUGCCGAGGGCCGGGUUGCGGACCCCGCCUUCAGCAGUGUCGAGGGCCGGGUUGCGGACCCCGCCUUCAGCAGUGCCGAGGGCCGGGUUGCGGACCCCGCCUUCAGCAGUGCCGAGGGCCGGGUUGCGGACCCCGCCUUCAGCAGUGCCGAGGGCCGGGUUGUUAACUCCGCCUUCAGCAGUGCCGAGGGCCGGGUUGCGGACCCCGCCUUCAGCAGUGUCGAGAGCCGGGUUGCGGACCCCGCCUUCAGCAGUGCCGAGGGCCGGGUUGCGGACCCCGCCUUCAGCAGUGCCGAGGGCCGGGUUGCGGACCCCGCCUUCAGCAGUGCCGAGGGCCGGGUUGUUAACUCCGCCUUCAGCAGUGCCGAGGGCCGGGUUGCGGACCCCGCCUUCAGCAGUGCCGAGGGCCGGGUUGCGGCCCCCGCCUUCAGCAGUGCCGAGGGCCGGGUUGCGGACCCCGCCUUCAGCAGUGCCGAGGGCCGGGUUGUUAACUCCGCCUUCAGCAGUGCCGAGGGCCGGGUUGCGGACCCCGCCUUCAGCAGUGCCGAGGGCCGGGUUGUUAACUCCGCCUUCAGCAGUGCCGAGGGCCGGGUUGCGGACCCCGCCUUCAGCAAUGCCGGGGGCCGGGUUGUUAACUCCGCCUUCAGCAGUGCCGAGGGCCGGGUUGCGGACCCCGCCUUCAGCAGUGCCGAGGGCCGGGUUGUUAACUCCGCCUUCAGCAGUGUCGAGGGCCGGGUUGCGGACCCCGCCUUCAGCAGUGCCGAGGGCCGGGUUGCGGACCCCGCCUUCAGCAGUGCCGAGGGCCGGGUUGUUAACUCCGCCUUCAGCAGUGCCGAGGGCCGGGUUGCGGACCCCGCCUUCAGCAGUGCCGAGGGCCGGGUUGUUAACUCCGCCUUCAGCAGUGUCGAGGGCCGGGUUGCGGACCCCGCCUUCAGCAGUGCCGAGGGCCGGGUUGUUAACUCCGCCUUCAGCAGUGCCGAGGGCCGGGUUGCGGACCCCGCCUUCAGCAAUGCCGGGGGCCGGGUUGUUAACUCCGCCUUCAGCAGUGCCGAGGGCCGGGUUGCGGACCCCGCCUUCAGCAGUGCCGAGGGCCGGGUUGUUAACUCCGCCUUCAGCAGUGUCGAGGGCCGGGUUGUUAACUCCGCCUUCAGCAGUGCCGAGGGCCGGGUUGCGGACCCCGCCUUCAGCAAUGCCGGGGGCCGGGUUGUUAACUCCGCCUUCAGCAGUGCCGAGGGCCGGGUUGCGGACCCCGCCUUCAGCAGUGCCGAGGGCCGGGUUGUUAACUCCGCCUUCAGCAGUGUCGAGGGCCGGGUUGCGGACCCCGCCUUCAGCAGUGCCGAGGGCCGGGUUGUUAACUCCGCCUUCAGCAGUGCCGAGGGCCGGGUUGCGGACCCCGCCUUCAGCAGUGUCGAGGGCCGGGUUGCGGACCCCGCCUUCAGCAGUGCCGAGGGCCGGGUUGUUAACUCCGCCUUCAGCAGUGCCGAGGGCCGGGUUGCGGACCCCGCCUUCAGCAAUGCCGGGGGCCGGGUUGUUAACUCCGCCUUCAGCAGUGCCGAGGGCCGGGUUGCGGACCCCGCCUUCAGCAGUGCCGAGGGCCGGGUUGCGGACCCCGCCUUCAGCAGUGUCGAGGGCCGGGUUGCGGACCCCGCCUUCAGCAGUGUCGAGGGCCGGGUUGCGGACCCCGCCUUCAGCAGUGCCGAGGGCCGGGUUGUUAACUCCGCCUUCAGCAGUGCCGAGGGCCGGGUUGCGGACCCCGCCUUCAGCAGUGCCGAGGGCCGGGUUGCGGACCCCGCCUUCAGCAGUGCCGAGGGCCGGGUUGUUAACUCCGCCUUCAGCAGUGCCGAGGGCCGGGUUGCGGACCCCGCCUUCAGCAGUGCCGAGGGCCGGGUUGCGGACCCCGCCUUCAGCAAUGCCGGGGGACGGGUUGCGGACCCCGCUUUCAGCAGUGCCGAGGGCCGGGUUGUGAACUCCGCCUUCAGCAGUGCCGGGGGCUGGUGUUUGCGAACCCACGACACCCAGGCUGUGGUUUGA